GGGCCUGCGUGGCGAGCCCUGCACCAUGCCACUCGGGGACAGGCAGCUUGGAUGCCCAGCUCCGCUGCCCCGGCUGGCUGUGGGGUCCCAGGUACAGUACUGUCAACCCCUCAUUCCCACCCUAAGGGGGCCCAAGGCAGACAGCCCCCACAGGGACCUCCCCUAGGACCAGAGAGGGGGACGAGGUGCAGCGGGGUCAGGAAGCCACAGUGCCCUGGUCUCACGGCACCUCCACCGCAGGACGUGCCUGGCCAGAGUGACCUCCCACCGCCCUGGGUCCAGUGGCAGCUGACCAAGGGCCAAAGGGCAGCCCCCCCGUAGGGGGCCGAGAGGUUAGGGGCUGUCAGCCAGGUAGGGUUGCCUUAGUUCACUGAGACGCGGGGAGGGGACCUUUGCCGGCUGGGCAGAUCUGGUCAGGGGCACAGACACUGAGGAUGGCCCCAGGGGGGCUGGUGGGAAUCAGGAGGCUCAUUUCUGUUCUGGGACCUCCUGCCCAGGCAGGGGCAGAGCCAGGCUCUCCCUGAUGACCCCUGAGUAGGCUCUGGCCAGCACUAGCUUGACCUUGGUAAGCUCAGAGGAAGCCCAGCAGUCUGUCCCAGCCAAGGCCAGUGGAAGGUCAUCACCAAAGACUAGUCACCUGCUGGACACUGCAGCUCCUCCCCCCACGGCCAGCUGCCACCUGAGGCAUGUUGGAUAGUCCAGUGCUAUCGCCCAGGUAAACUGAGCCCUGGUGGGUGGUCCUUGAAAUGGGCUUUGCUAUAUAGAGUUGGCCUUGGUACCAACAACUCUGCAGGAAAGCUGGAGGCUGACCCAGCUGAACAGAAGAUGCGUAACGUUGUGGAGGAAAACUCCUCCUGGGGAGGAAAACUCAAGCAUGAGGAACCCUAUUCUCAGUGAACUUCACCAGCUUGAACGCAGGACUGCAGCGAUAUGUCACUGUAACGUUAUCAUCUGCGGUCAGUUUGGGAGCACAGAAAGUGGGUUUCGGACGUUCUAGCUCCAGGAAGCCAUCAGGUUUGAGAUCAGCACAGCUUCCCUCUGGAUUCUCUGUUUGUUCUGCUUUCUUUCAGGACGGAGAUGGAGUGCUGGCCCCUGAGUCAGGGAGGCAUGGGAUGCGCAGGGGGCAGGUGGGGUGGGGGCAGUGUGCGCCGGCCAGGGCCCCGGUCCUGGGCCCGUGAAGAGCCUGGUCUGUGGGUCACGUGCCUCUGCUGACCCAGAAUGGAGAACUUUGAGUACAGCAUCCAGCUGAGUGAGCAGGACUGGGCUGAGUUUGCAGCCGCUGCCGAAGAGUGUGGCCUCCUGCAGGCUGGCCUGGCCUCUGGGGAUGAGCUCUUGUCCAGUGACACUGACCAAAGGGACAGCAGUGGCAGCAGCCCCCCAGGGCCCCCGCCCCUUCCUGAGGGGCAGCUGGCCCCCAGGGGGAGUGACUGGCCCGGCUCUGAGGAGGAGGACGAGGCAGCCACCCGGCAGCUGGUCAACAGGUCUUGGCGUGAGCCCGUGCUGGCCCCAGAGGCCGGUCAGCAGAUGCCCAGCAUGUCCGUGCGGUCAGAAGCUCGGCCGUCCCUCAGCCCUGGUGCUGCCCCUCUGGUCCAGGGCUCAUCCCUCUUGGGGCCAGUGUCUUCCAGAGGCGAGAGGCAGAGGCUUCUGCAGGGGCCAGCCCCCCGGGGUCUUGCCCCUACUCCCACUGGUGAGCCCGCUCGGAGCCCCGAUUCCCCUGGCCGCAGUGCUGCCCCCCAGAGGCCCCCUGGCAGCCCUGGAGCCCUGCUGCGCAGCCCCAGCCGCAAGAAGAGGCGGGCUGCAGGCACCAAGGCGGGUGGGCGCUUGGGUGACCCAGGCCCUGCUCCCACCCAGCUGGGCUCCCUACUGCUCCCUGAGGCCGGGGCCGAGGACGGCCUUGGCCUGGCCGGGUCCAGGGGGAAGGGUCUCCGGGUGGGGACAACAGGGCAGACAGCAGGAGCUGGGCAGAUCGAGCUGGGGCCAGAGUCUCCAGAAGCCCCUGAGCAGGUGGCCAGGCAAGGGCCAGGUGUGGAUCUGUCUACAUCCGUCCCUACCACUGAGCAGGGCACAGACCCAAGCGGAAUGACCCUCAGAACUGAGCCACGCACUAUGUCCACGCUUGACCUGGAGGCGUCUCUAGACGUCACGACGGCUAAGUCAGACGUGGCUUUGUCCACACCCACCUCCGAGCCGCAACCCGAGGAGCCUCUGUCUACACCUGCCUCCAAGCCUAGGCUGGAUGUGGACCUGCUUACGCCAGGCCCAGUGGUCCAGCUGGAGGUGGAUUCAUCUACGCCUGUCUCAAAGGCUAUUCCACGUACAGCUCUGCCUCACCUGGUUCCUGAGGCUGGGCCUGAUGUGGGUGUGUCUACACCUGCUCCCGUCCCCGAGGCUGGGCCUGACAGGGUGGAGCUGGAGCUUGCCCCAGUGGCCAAGCUGGGUUCGAGCCCUAUUCGGUCUCCAGAGGGGGGCCGACAGAAGCCCAGAGCGGAGCCCUCAGCAGGUGCCCCUGGACACCACACUGGGGAGCCCCCGCCAGGCCCUAUCCAAGCCCCCAAGAAGAAGAAAGUGCGAUUCUCCAUGGCUGUGCCCAGCCCCGAGGAGCCAGGGUCAGGAGAGGCCUCGGGCCCAGCCUUCCCAGCCACAGCCCCCAGGACAGCAGCUGGGGGCCGCAGGGCGUCUGGAGCCUGGGACGCUGUGGCCGUUGGACCCCGGACUCCCCAGCCUCGGAUCCUGAAGCACCUGCCUCCCCCCGCCCCCUCUGCCUCAGCGGGGCCUGGGCCCAGCUGCUGCUUUGCGGUGACCCUCCCAGAAGCCUAUGAGUUCUUCUUUUGUGACACCAUUGAGGAGGAGGAGGAAGAUGUCGAGGAGGAAGCAGAGGCUAGCCAGGCUCUGGCCGAAGUCCAGUGGCCGGAUGUGUGCGAGUUCUUCUUCCAGGAUGGCCAAGCCCAGAGGUCGAGGCACCGGGAAGGCCACGCCCAGGCCCCACCCCUCCAGGCUGAGCCUCUGCCGGCCCCUCCACCAGGAGAGCCCAUACCCAUCUCCAUCCCCGAGGCCUAUGAACACUUUCUCCGGGAGGACACGUCAGGGGGCACGCUGGGGCCGGCUGCCCUUCUCCAGAUGCAGGCCACGGAGCCCCCCAGGUCAGUCCCCGGGGAAGUGGGGACCGGCACCCCACCAGGGCCUAGCCCAGCCUCAGCGGAGCAGCUUACCCCGGCCAUCAGGCAAGCAGGGGAACCCUGGGGUCCCCUCACCUCGUUUACCUUCAGCCAGAAUGACAUGUGCCUGGUGUUUGUAGCCUUCGCUACCUGGGCUGUGAGAACAUCAGACCUGCAUGCCCCAGACGCCUGGAAAACAGUUCUGCUGGCCAACAUCGGCACCAUCUCCGCUAUCCGGUACUUCCGCCGGCAGGUGGGGCGCGGGCGCCGCAGCCCCAGCUCCUAGGACCCAGGCUCCGCCCAGGAAGAUGCAGGAUGAGGAAAUGUCCACAGGUGCUCAGGAUGAGGUGCUGCCCUCAGGCCUUGCCCUUUGACCCUUGUGUUCUGCGGCGUCUAGGAAGGAGCCUGCGUCCUUGGUCCUGGCUCCCUUGGACUCCACCCGAGGGUCCAGCCCGUGGCCAAGGCCGAGGCUGUGCCCCACACUUGGGAGUGGGGAGAUUCUGGAAGGCUGGGAGGGUAGGCCAAGCAGGGAGCUGGUUAGUAAGGUGGCCAGAUUAGCAACAAAAAACACAAGGUGUCCAGUGAAACUGGAAUCUCAGACACGCAGUAUGAGACCUACUUAUGCUAAGGAAUUAUUUGUGGUUUAUCUGAAACCAGAGUUAAUCGGAGUCCUAAUCCUAUGUGGUUAUCCUGUUGGAGGGAGGGGUAUGAUGGGGCUUCAGAGCAGCAGCGAGGCCCCAGCUGGAGAUCUGGGCAGAGGGCCUUGAGGCUGGGGGGCGGCGUCCCAGGGACCCUCUGCCCUGUUUCUAAGUGGGCUGGGCCGUUGGAGGCCUCUAAGGCCUCUCUAACCCCUGAACCCCAGGGGUCUGUGGUCAAGACCUCCUUGGCUCCUGCCCGAGAUGGUGAGCAGGUACCCAGAGGGGCCCUGCAGGCUGGGGGUCUGUAGGGCAGAGCCUGGAGCCCCUCCUCUGGGGAGCCCUGGAGGAGGGGCAGAGGCAGAAGUCAAGGGUAUCAGGUGGAGGGACGGGACACCUGGGUUCGCCCAGAGCUGACAGGAGCCGGAGAUGGGACAGGAAGGUGGGCAGGGUGCGGGCAGUAGUGGAGCAAGGGGGCUGCCAGCCUAGGUGCUGGGUGGGCGUCCAGCUCCGAGGCAGCACAUACAGGGUCCCCGGGACGCAGGAAACUCCUGGCUGUUCAGGACAGAAUGCGUGGACACACAGCACCAAUAAAAUCUCUCUCUUUCUUGUUUA